CCCUCUCUUUCUUUACUAAUCUCCUGGUGUCUCUGAUUAAAUACUAAUCUUCUCUUUCUGGUCAUGGGGUGUUGCAGUGCAGCAGUCACUUUCUCUUCCCCUGCAAACUGUUUUCUUCUUCCUUAUAUACCACUCAUUGCACGCUUAUCCAGCAAACAAAUCCAUUUCACACCAAACCCUUCCGUUUUUACAGAGAUUCCAUCCCCCUUUCUCUCAUAAUGGAGAAUGCUCAGUCGCCCAUUUCCAUCCCUGAGGCCUCUCCCAAGCUUUACAAGAAAAGCUUCGUUUCUACUUUAAUGGAGGCCACAAGCUUCCGUUCCCCUUUCAAGGAAGACACCUACUUCAUCUCCCAUCUCAAAUCUUCCGAGAAGAAGGCGUUGCGAGAGCUCAAGGACGAGCUCAUGACUUCGUAUGGCCAAGACGGUGGUGAAUGCACCAUGUGGGGCGUCCCUAUUCUCGCCGGAGACGAGAAAGCCGAUGUUGUUCUGUUGAAGUUCUUGCGAGCCAGGGACUUCAGGGUUUCGGACUCCUUCAACAUGCUGGACAAGUGUCUCGCUUGGAGGAAAGAGUUCAAGGCCGACGGAGUUGGGGAAGAAGACUUGGGGUUCAAGGAACUCGAGGGCGUCGUUGCUUACAUGCAUGGCUACGAUAGGGAAGGCCACCCUGUUUGCUACAAUGCUUACGGCGUUUUUAGGGACAAGGAGAUGUAUGAGAGAACCUUCGGUGAUGAAGAGAAGCUGUACAAGUUUUUGAGAUGGAGGAUUCAAGUUCUGGAGAGAGGGAUCAGUCUCUUGCAUUUCAAGCCUGGUGGGGUUAACUCCAUUAUUCAGGUCACUGAUCUCAAGGACAUGCCCAAGAGGGAGCUUAGGGUUGCCUCCAAUCACCUACUCUCACUCUUUCAAGACAAUUACCCUGAAAUGGUGGCUCGAAAGAUUUUCAUCAACGUCCCAUGGUACUUCAGUGUACUGUACUCCAUGUUCAGUCCGUUUCUAACUCAGAGAACCAAGAGCAAGUUUGUGAUCUCUAAAGAAGGAUACGCGGCCGAAACACUCUACAAGUUUAUAAGGCCUGAAGAUGUUCCAGUCCAGUACGGUGGUCUGAGUCGAGCAGAUGAUUCGCAGAUACCAGCCUCGGAGUUCACUGUCAAAGGAGGAGAGAAAGUGAGCAUCCAAAUCAAAGGAAUAGAGGGUGGAGCAGCCAUAACAUGGGACCUGGCAGUGGGAGGAUGGGACUUGGAAUAUAGUGCAGAGUUCGUCCCCAACGCUGAAGGAAGCUACACUAUUGCAGUGGAGAAGACAAGGAAGCUAAGUGCUUCAGAUGUGGCCAUUCACAACUCGUUUACCCCUAGAGAAGCAGGCAAAAUGGUGCUGUGUGUGGAUAAUACAGCUUCCAGGAGGAAGAAGGUUGCUGCUUACAGAUAUAUUGUACGCAAAUCAGGCCCGGAGUAGGUUUUCAACGAGUAAUUCUGGUUUUAGUUAAUGGUUGUGAACCUUUUUUUAAGGUGAUGUAUAAAUAUGGAGGUUGUAUGACUUUAACAUUUCACUUGAAGAUGCAGCUGCAAUUUCACUUUAGGUUUACAAAGAGAUUUUUUAUAUCAACCAUUUCAGAAAAAGUAAAAGGAGAGGAUUUUGCUAGCUUUGUGCUUGGAUGGAGGAUCUCAUCUGUAGGUCAAGGACUAGAUCUGUUACACUUGAUCCCGACAUAACUAUUCGAAUGCAAGUUCCCAAGAUUUUUAAA